AUGUACACCGGAAAAUGGCCGCUCCUCCAGAUCCCACACCAAGCUUGUGACUGACUCCAGGCACUACAACUACACUGCGAUCACACAGCGCUUCUUGUAAAAAUACAGAACAAGGAUUGAUCAAAAACAUCUAAAAUAAAGCAGGAAUGGUGCAGACGGUGCGAAUCAUCAGCCUGGGACACAGAAUCAGCUGAUGGCGGCACAUCCAGGCAGAUUACUAGGUCCAGUUGCAUGCUCAGUCUUCAUGAUACUAGAUUAAGUUCCAUGAUCCGGGAAUCAACCAUGAACCAUCCUGUGAGCAGCUUGUCAGAUCAGACUAUCAUCACAUCACAUCACUAACAUGCAGAGGAAGAGGAUGGAGAUCCCUGCUUCUGACAACGGUUAUAGCCACCACCAGCAGACAUGUGAGGGCUGGAAUGGUUGGGGUAUGAUCACGUCUCCAGCUUGCUCUCCUUCUGCAUUACCUACUCUUUCUCCUCCAUCUGGUUAUCACCAACAUCUAAACGGUGUACCUCAGAACGGGCCGGCUGCUAUGGGUCCUCCAGCAAUGCCAGUGAACUCGGACUAUUCGCAGCCCGGGGCAGCGUACUGGUCCCACCUACAGCCACACUGCAAUGGUGUGUAUAAACCUGUUCCUGAUACAAGAAGCCCAGCACAGACAUCACUACAGGGAAUCAACUCACAACUGACGAGUCCUAUAUCCAGCCCUAAAUCAGAGUCCCGCUAUGGUUUGGACCCUCAGCUACUACCCAGUGUUGUGCAGGUAAUGAGUGAGGACAGGGCUCAGUGGGAGGGGAAAAUAUUUGCAUCUGAGCCUCAGUCCUCUGUCCCGCCACUCUCUAGCACUUCCUGCACUCUGGAGGACAGAGGUAACGCGACUGCUCGAUUUAUUCGCUGCACGUCCUACAGCUUUCCUGUUGAGGCCCAAUCGGCACAGCAGAGCCAUCUGCCACUGGCGGCCAUUUUCUGCCCCAUGGCCAGACCUGAGAUUAAAGAGAUACCAGUGCCAGUGUGUAACACAGGGGACUGUAUUAAGGGCUGUGGUGUGUGUGGUGCCUUUAUGAGUCCUGCUAUGAGCUGGCAGGACUGCGGGCAGCGCUUCUACUGCCCUUUCUGCGGCAAACUCACGGAAGUGCCAUGGCAGUCAUAUCAGCCAACAAACAAGGGGCAACGAGUUGACCGGGAGAAGAGGCCAGAGCUCAGUCUGGGUUCAUAUGAGAUCCUGGAAACACAAAAGGGACAACCUGCUGUGUUGCUCCUAGCAAUUGAUGUCACUGCUGUUGCAAUAAGAUCAGGACAACUGGACUUCAUCUGCCAGCAGCUUUGUACCCUCCUCCAGUCUUUAAAUGGGGGAGAAGAUGAGGCACAAUCAGACCUGAGAGUUGGUUUGAUUACUUAUGACAGUAGAAUCCACCUCUAUGAUCUCAGUCCGAUGUUGUCCCGCCCCCACUUGAUGGUCCUGACAGACACAGAUGAGCUGGAACUUCCUGUGCAGGAGGGGCUUCUGGUCCCACUCAGAGACUGCAGACACACUGUAGAGAGUGUUCUACAACAAAUUCCGCUGUUUGAUGUGGAGAUGCAGGACAGUUCAGGCUCGCAAGAUCUUCCUGUUCAAGCCGGACUCAAGAUCCUACAGGCUGCAGAUUGUCCUGGGAAGCUGUUGAUCUUCCACUCUUCACCUCUUACUGAGAGCUCAGAGAAGCAAAGCUCCCUGAGCUUCUUUUCCUCCAGCAAACCAAAGUCAAUCUUCCAGGCACCGGACUCUUCUGCAUCACUGGCUAAGGCGUGUGUCAAUCAAGGCUGCAGCGUUCAGCUUUUUGUGUUUUCACAGCCGAAUGUGGGUGGGGCUUGGCCAGGACAUAUCCCUUUCCUCACAGGGGGAAGGCUUAUCUGCUACAACAGCCUACAGUCUGCGCUGGAAAGAGAGCGUUUCCUUGGAGAUCUUUGGAGGGGCGUGGACAGUGACAUGGCCUACCGAGCUCAGCUUCGACUUUUUGUUAGCAAAGAAUUACGAGUGUCUGGUUGCUAUGGCGCCUUCCUCCCUGGCCCUGAAUCCCACUGUGUUGCCAUGGCAGCGCUUGAUUGGCACACAGCCCUGGCAUUUGAGUUCACUCACAGCAAGUCGCUUGAUGAAACGAGAGGUGUGGCGAUACAGGCCGUCUUGUCAUACAGUGGAUCCAGAGGAGAGAGAAGGACGCGGGUACACACUGUCACUCUGACCUGCUCUCAGAGCCUGAUGGACACAUUCAGGACCAGCCAGGCCGAGACGCUGCUGACUUUCUACUGCAAGAAGAUGUAUUGCUUGGCGUUGGAGACACCUCUGCAGUGUCUUCGUGAGGAGCUGCAGAUUGAGAUCACAGAAGCUUUAGCUUGCUACAGGAAACACUGCUGCACUACUUCUGUCUCCCCUGGACAGCUGGUGAUGCCUCAGUUUCUGAAGACUCUCCCAGUCUACAUUAACAGCCUGAGGAAGAGUGAGGUUCUCCUCCCGGGUCUGCGCAGUUCUGUUCAUCAGCGCCUGCAGCUGCGCAGUGUCACUGUCUCCAUGGAUACACGCAGCACCAUCACUCAGCUGUACCCACUCCUCCUGCCUCUGCUGGUGAAUACUGAGAGAGACUCAGUGCCCUCCAUCGACAUGGCGUUGCGCUGCUCUGCCUCCAGCCUGCAGUCUGACAGUCUCUACCUGCUCUAUUCCCCGCUGACACUGAUACUCUGGGUGGGCAGCCAGGUUUCCCCUCAGGCCUUAAUACAACUCUUCAACACAACCUCCUUCUUAUCACUGACAUCGGGGGAGAUAAAACCUCCUGUGCUGGAUACUCCUCUCUCUGUCAGCCUUCAGAAACUCAUCAGCACUUUACAGUCCUAUGCAGCUGUGACUCUUAAGUUGAAGGUGGUGAAAGAAGGCGACAGUUGUGACGAGUGUGUACAGCAACUCCUGGUGGAAGACAGGAGUCCUAACGGAGGCGCGUCCUAUGCCGACUUCCUGUUCCACCUUCAUGUCAAUUCUCUACGCCGUGUUGUGGGAUGAUGUUGUGGCUGCAUUUUUAAUAUGUCUUAACAUCUUGUAUCUUCAAUCAGGGACAAAGUGUCUUGUUUUAUUUAUUUAUUUAUUUAUUUAUGUUCAUCAGAGAGCGACAUGGCUGGUCAGGCUGACCAGGACUCAGGAUGAGGCGUAAUGUACGAAAGAUGAGCCCAAUUUUACAUUCUUUAAUUUUUGCACUUGCAUGCGAACAUUCGAAGCAAUAAGAUAUUAAAAUUUAUACUCGUUUUAUGCUCAACGCAUCACCGUUUCAGUUUUUAUACCAGUAGUGUAUGCUUAACAUGUGUGUGUGUAUGUAUGUGGGGGGGAUUUAUCUUUGGAUUUGUAAAUGCUCAAAUAAACUGAUGUGUAUAUGAUGCUCAAAUAAAUA